AUGGGGCCACCCAGUUUCACUCAUGAGCAAUAUGAGAUGAACCCCGGGUUCGAUGAAGACGAAUCGAUUGAACAAGCAACCCUCGAAUCUUCGUCCAUGGUCGCAGAUGAGGAGAUGAUGCAUAUCACACAAAAUGGCAACUAUCCGCGAAAACGCAAACGAGGCAUGAAUGAGGUAACCGCGAUGUCAAUAAGCGAACAGGAACAUAUACUGUAUGGCGACCAGCUCUUGGACUACUUCAUGACAGUAGGGGAUGCUCCAGAAGCGACACGAAUUCCUCCACCGGAGCCGCCGGCCAACUUCCAGGUGGACCGUUCAAUAGAUGAUUCAGGGAACACUGCUCUCCAUUGGGCUUGUGCGAUGGGUGAUCUGGAGAUAGUAAAAGAUCUGCUACGGAGGGGGGCAGAUGUGAAGACACUCUCAGUACAUGAAGAAACGCCACUUGUGCGUGCAGUUCUAUUUACAAACAACUAUGAAAAGAGGACAUUUCCGCCGCUCCUGGAUUUACUCCUGGACACAGUAUCAUUCCGAGACUGGUUCGGCGCUACCAUAUUCCAUCACAUAGCAGAGACCACUCGAAGCAAAGGCAAAUGGAAGAGCUCUCGGUACUAUUGUGAAGUACUGCUCGACAAAUUACGAGUUACUUGUACGCCAGAGGAAAUCGAUGUUCUGCUAUCCUGCCAAGACUCCAAUGGAGACACGGCAGCUUUGGUUGCUGCUCGAAAUGGUGCAUUUCGCCUGGUUCACUUGCUCCUCACACAUUGCUCGCGGGCUGGAGAUUUAGUAAAUAAGAAGGGCGAAACGGCUGCCAGUAUCACUCAACGAGCGAAUCAGUCUGACCGACAUAUCCCACCGCCGCCUUCUUCUAUCACGAUGGGUAAUGACCACAUUGAUGGGGAAGCUGCUGGCCCAAUUAACGCCGAUCACCAAUCCGUUGCGCCAGCGCAAGACCCCUCCCCUUCCACCUCUGCACUCCUCACUAAGAUUGGGGUAAUCAUGGCCGAGGCGAACAAGAAACUUGCCGUUGGGUACGGGAGCUCCAAGGCCAAUCAGCCGGAUCCAGACGACGUUGCCAAUCCAGAGGCGCUAUACGAACAGCUGGAGCUGGAUCGGCAGAAAAUUCAACAACAAACAGCCGACUUGGCGGCGAAGGAAAGCAAAGAAGAGCACGUCGAUGCACAGUUCGAGCGUUACGAACAGCUGAGGAGUCGCUACGAAUCGCUACUGGAACAGAUUCAGCACGCCCGCUUAAGGGAGCGGAUUGCCUCGUCGACAUUACCCACAAACGAGGACGCGAACUCAACAUCGACUGAUCAGAACAAAUUGCUUACCGUCUAUCAGUUAGCCCGACGACUGUGUUCGGCGCAAAAAGCACGACGUGCCGCCGUCAAAGAUCUCGCCCAACAAACGGCAGAUGCGGGUGUUAGCACUAAGUUUGAUGUUCAUCGGAAGCUCGUGUCACUCGCUACAGGGCUGAAAGAAGAAGAACUAGAUCCCAUGGCUGCCGAACUAGUAGAGACCUUGGAGUUUGACCGAAUGAACGGAAAAGGUGCAGGGGGCGAGUCCCCCGAGCCAGAACCCCAGGGGUCAGCGACUUUUUCUCUCCCUGGACCUCCCGUGUCUGUCGAUGCUUAG